UGGAAGGAGCUACAGGAGCAGCUCUGGCCGGAGCCUGAAGACUCCCGCCGGAGCAAGGAGCAAAGACUGAAGGCUCCAGCCGCAGCGAAGACUGUGUCUGGAAGAUGGAAGGCGGUGGCCAGAGUGAAGGUCUGGGUCCCGGGUGCCAGAGGAACACUGGUGCUGGCAGCAAGGGGCAAGAAGGCCUAUCGCAGGAAUCUUCACGCAACGGGCCUCUAGUAUUAAAAAUAAGUAAAUAAAAGCCCACACCCUUCACAAGGGUGGCAGGUCAUGGUCCUGUUAGUGGGGAGUCUGGAGGAAUGGGGGGGACCCUUUCCAGGGCUAGAAUAGGCCCACUUCAUGGAGUGUCUGUGACUCAGACUCCUCCCGCCUGGCCGGGGCCCACUGCUCCCUGACCCUGCAGGGCUGUGUCCUCCGCGGCCUCUGGCCUGUUUCCGAGCCAGGACAGUCCCAGAGGAAGUUGGUGACUGGCCCCUGGAGCCUCCUGGCCCCAUGACAUGGCCUCGGCACACCUGCCCCUGCCCCGCCCGCUGCAGGUGCAGACCGGGGAGUGCAGGAGCCGCCAGGCUAUAGGGCGGGAGCCAGCGGCAGGAGAGGCCCGCCCCGUGGGCUGCAGGGGAUGGGAGGGCUGGAGGCGACGGGAGGGCUGGACAACCCUUGGGACCAGCAUGGGUUCCCGCAGCUCCUUCGCUCCAGACCCCGGUGCCACCCAAGAGCCAGAGCAGGAGGCGCUUCUAUUCUGCGCCGGCAGCAGACAGACCCUCGGUUCGCUGAGUAACUGAACGCGCGGCAACUCACCCAGCUCUGUGCUGCAGUUUCUGCCUGGUGCUGCCCUGCGUCUGCCCUCAGGGGCACGGCGCCCACGGAAGAGGAGCUCCCGCAUGGAGGUGGCCGAGUGGACCGCCCGGGGAGCCCCCAACCAGACGCAGGCGGGCGCUGCCCACACCCUGGCGCACCUGCUGCGGGACGCAGCGGAGGGGAGGAACGGCAGCGGCCCCCCCAGGGCCCUGCGGCUCCCGGACGGCACCAGCGCCGCCUGGUACAUCCUCACCAUCUUCGGCAUCUACGCGGUGGUCUUCCUCUUCCGCUUGGCCAGCAACAUCCUCAGGAAGAACGACAAGUCCCUGGAGGACAUUUAUUACCUAAACUUGACCUCUGAACUCAAAAAGAAAGGGCUCCCGAGCAGGGCAGCCAAGUGCUCCACGCUGACCAUCAGCAACACAGCCGCCCUGCAGCCCCGCCAGGCCAGCCUGGGGCCCGGGCGCAGGGACAGCGGGCCCCACACCGAGAUCUAGGGCACCCCUUGGCAGGCAGGGCAGCCAGGUCGCCACAGAAGAGGCCCGGCCUGCCUGGGGGCGGGGGGUGAGGGGGGGAUGCUCUGGGCUUACCUGGACCAGGGGGGCGGGGCUGGAAGGCCACCCCGGCCCGGGGCACUAACAGGGGUGGCGCUGACCAAAGCCGGCAUCCUGUGUCCUCGGGCCGCCUGCAGCUUUGAGACGAGACCGUGGGGGCAGGAGCUCCCGGCCACACUGUCCCUUCAGUAGAAAAGCUUGUGUUCCAGGGAAGGGUUCGGCAGCCACCUUCUCAGAGCUGGGAGACCCCUGGGGGCCCGGGAAGGUGGCCUUUUGUCGUGGAGAGAAGGCUGAGUUUGGAGUCCAGAGGCCUGGAUGAAACUUCAACUUUAGGGGUUACAAGAACUUUGGGGGGCUAGUGGCUCACCUGGGAUGCGUGGGGAUAUAUGGUCCCAAAGGGUCAGUCUUUCUGAAGACCCCCAACUGGAAUGUAAAACCAGAGUCGUUAACAUCAGAAGUGGGUGGGAAGUUCUUCGUUUUCAUUCAAACAGUGGGGGCCACUGAACAAAAGCAUUCGUUUUGGAGUCAGAAGGACCCAACUCUAGUCUGGGUUCCAUUAGCCACCACUUGGGUGUGAAUCUGUUUCAUUACAGAUAAAAUGAGGGCAAUGACGCCAGUUCCUCAAGCCUUCCGAAGUAUGUAAGAGCUAAUGAGGUCAUGCACGUGAAUGUAUUUUGAAAAGUAAAAUAAAUACAUAAUUAUAA